ACCGGAAGUAGCACUAAGCGAUAUUCCAAUCAACAAAAAUAUGACAAGAAUCGAAAGUGGUGGCAAGUUUCUAUGACUAACAUGCAAAAUGAGUGGUAGCUGGAUAGCAGAGGCAAGACUCUGGCCACAGGUUCGGCUGGAUGCCAAGUGGAUUAAAACAGACAUACAGAGUGCCUUCAGUCGUGAAGGUCUAAGUCGCCUGUGGAACGAGCUGGUCAAAGAUGGAGAAGUGUCAGUGCGUGGCAGCGACAGCCUCUACAACAGUACAGGGGCCAUAGCCAAGAAAGGGGACACUGGUAAAUACUACUGUGGCAUGAAGGUGUUGUCCUGCCCUUGCUGCGAUGGCCACUGUGGACCCGACAAUGGCUGUAACUGCCCAGCCUGUCAGAAGCUGGACCAGGAGGAAUCAGCGCUGUUGGCGAUGGAGGCGACGCAGCCCAAGCCGUCGAUGCCUGUCAUUGAGUCAUGGACUUGGGGGCAACAGCCAGACAUCAACAAGCUCAAAGAAUGCCUACAUUCCCUAUUACAUGAGCACCAGCAUCUGUGUAUUCAGUCGGCAGCGACAACGUUGUCGGCCACGCGACUACACCAGCGACUGGCAGUGUUGGAGCGAUACUUCACCGCCGUAUGUAGACAAAGUCCCUAUGACAAACGGGCUCCAACCAAGAAAAGACAAGCUAACCAGAGCAACCUCAACAAGCAGAAAAGUUCCUCCUCAAAGCCAGCAGAGAAAGCCACGAUGGGACUUGCGAGAGUGGGAUCCCGGGCAGCUCUGAGCUUUGCGUUUGCAUUCCUUCGACGAGCCUGGCGUUCAGGUGAAGAUGCUGACUUGUGUAGUGAGCUGCUCCAGGAGUCGCUGGAUGCCCUGCGGUCUCUGCCUGAAGCCACGCUGUUUGACGAGGCAUCUGUCUCCUCCGUCUGGCUGGAGGUGGUGGAGAGAGCCACCAAGUUCCUCCACUCGGUGGUAGCAGGAGACCUAAGCGGCAGCAGCAGUGCCCGCGGCUCCAGUAAGAUUCCAGUCCAGGACCAGCAGAUUGCUCUAGCUCUCCUCCUGGAACUAGCAGUCCAGCGAGGAUCUCUCAGUCACAUCCUGUCAUCAGUAUUACUUCUCCUCAACCUCUGGAACAACAGUCACCAUGAAUACGACAACCGCAUCAGCAGCAGCCUCAUCUCUGCGCCACUGCUGCCGCUGAUCAAACGUUUCGAGAGUGUCCACAAUUCCAAGUCUCGGAUCUUUGAAAUGUCCAGAUGGGAUGAUACGGGCUCCUUCCAUGUGAGCCCCACGGAAUGUUUCCUGCGAUAUCUGACAUACCCUGAAGACGAGAACACGGCCGUGGACCUGAGACAGAGUGCCGUGGUGAUCAUGGCCCAUCUGGACAGACUGGCCGCACCCUACCUCCCCCCCAGCUCCAACCACAAGAACCACCGGUCGGCAGUGACGCAGGAAGUGAUGGGGUGGGGCUGGCUGGGGUGGAUGGGCGGAACCAGCAACAACGGACCGCACCUCCUGGACUUCUUCAACGACAUGGGCGGCAUCCAGCAGGUGGCGUGUGCCGAGAGGUGUCUUCUGGCGCUGACGAGAACCGGUCGCGUCUACACCAUGUUCUACAGCUCUGAGACACAGUCCCCACAACCUGUGGGUGGGUUCGGAGACAAGGAGGUGAUCAAGCUGGCCGCCCACCCCGACAGCAAGCACUUCCUGGCCCUGACGGCAGAGGGGGACGUCUACUCCUGGGGUAACGGCGAUGGUGGGAGGCUGGGCCAUGGGGACUGCAUCUCCCGUGACGAGCCCACCCUCAUCACCGGCAUCUCUGGGAAGCACAUCGUGAACAUCUGCAGCGGCAGCACCUACAGCACCGCCGUCACAGCCAACGGGGAACUAUACACAUGGGGGCGGGGCAACUACGGCCGUCUUGGGCACGGCAGCAGCGAGGAUAGCACCUACCCCGGCCUCGUCACAGCACUGAAGGGUCACCGCGUCAUCGACAUUGCAUGUGGCAGCGGAGACGCUCAGACAGUCGCUGUCACAGAUACUGGUGCUGUCUACUCGUGGGGGGACGGGGACUACGGGAAGCUGGGUCGAGGGGGCAGUGACGGGUGUAAGACCCCCAAGCUGGUGGAGAAGCUGAUGGGCCAGGACAUCAUCAGGGUGUACUGUGGGGCUCAGUUCAGCCUCGCCCUCACCAAGGCGGGGGCUCUCUUCUCAUGGGGAAAGGGAGAUAACUACCGCCUGGGACACGGCUCAGAGGACCAUGUACGACACCCGAAGCAGAUUGAUGGAUUGAUGGGGAAGAAGGUUGUGGAUGUUGCCGUGGGGUCCAUGCACUGCGUGGUCAUCACGGAGGAUGGGGAGGUGUUCUGCUGGGGGAAGAACGAGCAGGGGCAACUGGGAGAUAACUCCGUCGGGAACAUCAUCGAACCCACGCUGAUGUCUGGCUGUGAAAGCAGAAACAUUGUUGGGGCAUCGUGUGGACCCUCUCAGACCUUCAUCUGGUCCUCCAGUGGCCACUGGUCAGUUGGGUCUCGCAUCCCCUUCACUGUCGACACCUGCAAGUCCACCUUUGAGCAGCUGAACGAGAUGUUGACGGAGGUGUGCGAGGGGAUGGAUGGACGGAGCGACUGGCCGCCGCCCCAGGAGAAGGAGUGCAUGGCUGUAGCAGGCCUCAACCUGCUCAAUCUACAGCUCCAUGCAACAGUGUCUCAGGCGGAGGACGUGGAGUGUCUCGGUCUGGGGCAAGGCAGCCCCCUGGUGGUCAGCUUGAAACAAAGAGUUGUGGCCCUUGCUAGUAACUCUGGUGUACUGAAUACAGUCCAGAUGGCAGCACAGGCCACACUACAGAGCGGCUGGUCCAUUUUGCUCCCUACGGCGGAGGAGCGGGCACGGGCUCUGUCCUCACUACUGGCCACUGGAAGUCGUGACCUGACCGUGAUGAGUCCGGGUCAGAGGUUCAUGACGGACCUGCUGGUGAGCAGUCUGAUGGCCGAGGGGGGCCUGGAGUCCGCGCUGCAGGCGGCCAUCAAGAAGGAAAUCCAGGAAAUAGAAGACAAGAAGGAGAAGGAGAGUGAGACAGGGGAAGACAACUCCGAGGAUGGCAAGUUGAGUGAGGCCACCAAUGGGGAGAAGUCGGAGCACUCAGUGAUCGAGAAAGCAAGCCCCACAGUCAAGGGGGGAGAUCUGGAUACCAAGGCAACCAUCCCACUGCUUCAGCUGAUACAGCAGCUGCUCAGAAACUCCUCGACUCACACACUUUCCAAGCUACAAGACGUGUCACGGGACAGCACGCUGAAGUCGCCUGAUGCUGAGCCGGUGGAGACGUCGCCGUCACUGGACCUGCUGCUGCAGUUUCAAAGACUCCUGGUCUCAAAGAUAUUUGUCAAAGAAACAAACGAAAUCUCCCGUAUUCUUGAUGUGAAGGAUGACGAAGAUCCCUCCAAACCCUCGUCGGAAAUAGGCCUGGAGAUGCGGGGAGCGGCGGCUCUCCUCAAGAAGUACUGUAUGUUGCUGUGUACCCAUGUCGGGGACAUCCUCCCCGCUGCUGCCAGCAUCGCCAGUAGCAGCAGCCGCCAUUUCUCCCUCGUCUCCAAGAUUAUCGUCAAGGAUGUCACAGGAGUACUGCUGCCCGAGAUGGUCACCUGCAUGAUCUUGCUGAACCUGCGCAGUCCGGAAAUUGUGACGCUGUCUAAAGCAGUCCCUGUGUUGGAGGAGAUCCUGGAUAUACUGGACAAGUUCAACCGCCUGGCACCAGGACUGGACCGGGAUGACAAGGAGGAUCUUGCCUGGCCUGGAGUGUGGAGUCACACGUUGGAGAGAUACACUCAGACUUCGUUUGACGACGUUCAGAUGAUCAGGAAGGCGGAUGUGGAGAACCACAACAAAGAUGGCGGCCUGUGGGUAGUGAUCCACGGCAAGGUGUAUGAUGUGCACGACUUCAAGUCACUGGCUCCGUGUGGCAGAGAUCUCCUCAAGAAGUAUGCUGGUCGAGAUGCAUCCUCAGCGUUUGAGGCUGCCCACCAUUCCGAGGAGGCGAGGGAGAUGAUGAUGGCCUUCUAUGUGGGGCAGUAUGUGGACCCCGAGAAGGAGGUGAUUCAGACCACAGACUCCAACACGAUGUCGUCACCUCUGAUGGACACAGAAAGGACGCUGGGUAUUCUCUUGGGUCUCCAUGCCGCUGAGCUGGCUCGCAGCUCCCAGCUGUCUAGCGAUGAGCUGGAGAGUCGACACUGGCUGCAGGCCGAGUUCUUCAGUGGGGGGCUGCAGGUUCUUCAGCCUCACAACAGCUACGAUGAAGAGAAGGGCGAGAGUCGGACUCCCAGCUCAUGCACCACCACACCAGGUGCCACACCCACGUCGGAGCAGUGUCACCUCCCCCAGGCCAUGGACAAGGAGCGCCUGUACCAGCAGGAGAACCCCAGCACCGACGUGGCACGCCCCUUCCUGCAGGCCCUGGCGGAGGGCCGGAUACAGGACCCCACGGUGAAGGCCUUCCUGGGCAUCGUGGAGAGCUUCCUCAAGCAGAACCACCUGGUGUUCCCCUUCUCCUUCCCACAGGACCACCCCGUGGAGGAGGUUGGCAGGUUGUUGAUGGCAGUGAUACUGAAGCACCACGAUCUCGGCCAUGUCGUCCUUGGUCUCAUUGAACACGGCCAGGGGGAGCAUGGCAGCAAGCACAGCCUGCCGAGGUCUCUCGCGGAACUCUGCAGGGUCAUCGCACAGACCAAGAAGGCCUUGAUUAAGGCACAUCAAGACCAGGGGCGGUCGUAUAAGGAAGUAUGUGCACCUGUCAUCGAGAGGUGCCACUUUCUGUUCAAUGAACUCCGACCUGCUGUCGGUGACGAAGUUAAUGCAUUUGCCCGAUCCAAGAUGCUCAGGUCUUUGCCUCGCUGGAGGGAAGUCAUAACCAAGUUCCUAGAGGACAAGAAAAAGUCUAAACGUCUGGCCGAGUCCAGGGAGGACAAGGAGCGAGACCAGGACGAGACGGACACCUUGCAGGCCGCUGGGGGCUCCACCGCAGCGAAGGAAGAGGUGAAUGCUGAGCUGAAGAAGUCGGCAACAGCUGCAGCAGAGGCUCAGGAGGGGAGUGAGGAGGAGGAGGCGGGUGUGGGGAAGAUGCAGGAGAGAGAACACAGUUUUGAUGAGGGAUUCGACCUGGAUCCAGAUGCUCUGCUCGGUUCUGAUUCUGAGAUGGAGAAAGCCCACCCCCCUUUGAAACAGACUGACCCCUGGGAUCACGUGGUCAGUGCAGUGACCAGCACCCAGAGGCUGAAGGCGCUGCGUCAGCGACUGACCGGGGCCCAUCCCGAGAUGCCACUGGUUAACAAGAUCAUCGAGUUUGUCAUGUACGAACACCCAAUAGACAUCGACAAGCUGCGGAGAUCUCUGCACUAUCAGGUUGCGAGGGCUGAGCUACGACUGAAGGGCAUCCAGAACAUGCUGUGUCUGGUCCACAAGGACCACCUGGUGCCCUCCGUCAAGUACGCUGUCCUGUGUGGCUGGCAGGGACUCCUGACGGUGGGGCGCAAGUUCAACACCCCCCUCCCCCACUGUCUGGCCAAUGUCAAGCUCAUCCCACCCUGUGAUCGGAUCCUACUGGAGAUGACAUUUGCGGAACUGUACCGCUGGGCCAUUCGUGAACUUAGAUCCUGUGUCAUUUCCGCUGACAUGACCUUCAAGGCAAAGGGAGUUAACCCUUCCCAACCAGCUCAGGACAACACCAAGGUUCCUCUACAGGAGCGGCUGAGUCUUGGAGCGCUGCCUGUGGCGCGGUUCAUCCUGGCAACACUGGGCAUUCUGAUGGCAGAACACCAGUCCAGUAGUCUCAGUCUGCUGCUUAACAGCGGAGUCCUCGCCCUGACACAGAGCAUACUGAGGCUUGCAGGUCCUGACCCAGACUUGCUGAUCCCGGACAACAACAUGGUGGUGUGCACUGUGCCGGAGGAACAGAAGGUCAAGAAGCAGACGCAGCAGAUGCCGCUGUCUGGAGCCGAGUUGGCCGCCAUGAUGAAGAUCGGGACUCGGGUCAUGAGAGGUGUUGACUGGAAGUGGGGGGACCAGGAUGGCCCACCGCCGGGGCUGGGUCGUGUGAUCGGGGAGCUCGGGGAGGACGGCUGGAUCAGGGUGCAGUGGGACACGGGGAGCACCAACAGCUACCGGAUGGGCAAGGAGGGCAAGUAUGACCUCAAGUUGGCCGAGCCUCCGGAACUCCCGGACAAUGAUGAAGAAGAUGAAGAGGAACUUGAGUCAGAGAAGUGCAAACCCGAGAGCAAACACCCGACGUCCUUGGUGCGACGGUCAACGAUAUGGCUGCUGUGCUCCCUGUCUGUGAGUGCAGGAAUCCACUCCGACCGUGCUCAGAAGGAGGCUAUAGGGUCUCUGUGUGGCCUCAUGAGGAACGUUGUGGACUGUGGCUGUAACUAUGGUCUCAAUGUCAACUCAACAGCGAUCCAGAUUGCCAGCGAGCAGCACUUCAACUGGUGCAGCCUGGGGUUUGUGCGCAGCAUCGCAACGGGGCAGGUGAUCAGCCAGGCUCUCAGCACACCCAGGUGGAUCUCCCUGCUGAUGAAGAUCCUGGAGGAGGAGCAGGGCGUGAAGCAUGUCAAGAAUGUCUACAGACAGAUUCUGACCCUGAAGCUCCUCCGCACUGUCUUACCUUCCUGGGACCACAGCAUGGACAUCACCCGCAUCAACGACAUCAUCCAUCGCCUCUUCAAACUGCUGGGCUCUGUGCUGACAGCGUGCUCAACAGACCCCACUCUCAUCUCACAGUAUGAGAGCCCACGACCAUGUCGGAAGCAGGUACGAGCCCCAGUGUCCAUCACAGCGUCCUACACCAGCACAAUCACGGAGGAGAUUGUUGCUCUGCUGAGGAAGCUACACUCCCUCGACACAUGGAACAUCCACAUCAACAAGUUCAUCGAACGUCAGCUGCCACGCAUCGUGGACCUCAUACAAGACAGACCAACCCAACCGCCACCGAGUGAUGACAGCCGACUGGGCCAGGACCAGGAGACUGUCGCCAUAGUGAUGGCCGUUCUGGCCAUGAUAGGCGGGGUGGACAACCGACCUCGGCUUGGGGGUCUCGUCCUUCAUGAUGGUUACGGAGUUGGCACAAUAUCAAAGAUCACACCCAAAGGAAAGAUACACGUCCAGUUUCACGAUGGCUCGGCUCAAGUAUGUCGUCUCACGGAGCUCACGUCGCUCCCCCUGGUGGAGUUCAGCAUCGAGAGGCUGCCUCUGACUGGGAGUCUGCUGACCAGCUGGGCUAAACUUGUCAGUCUGGCCGGUGCCGGCUUCCGUACAGAGCGAAAGGAGGAAAUCCCCCGUGCUCCACUAGCCACCAGCACUGGCAGCAUCGAGUCUGUGUCCGGGACAACAUCAGUCGGAGGAUUCACCAUCAACCCAAAAGAGUUGCGGAAGCAGCAGAUCAGGCUUAGUCUUCUCCGGGCGGCGCGGGUCCUGUUCAGUCGUCAAGAUAACCUGCGCCAGAUCUUGUCUCAGCCGGUCGCAAGUGAGUUUCUCCACGACGGCUUCGGCGUUAUCGAGGAGGAUGUGAACACGGAAACAUCACAAGGGACGUCGCUGAUGCAGCAGCUGUUGAUGGCUGCCACUCAGCCCUCGCCUCUCAAGGCCAUGUUCAGCAGGGAAGAGAUGGAGGCAGCUGCACUGGCCACAUGUCAGUAUCUGACUGCUGAAGCAGGGCAGCCGUGCGACUCCGACGAAGACACCAGCUCUGACGAGGACCAGAUGAUGGCUUCUGGGAUAUCGUCCAUCACCUCCUUCAACACCCCGCCGGUUGCAGCCCCUGUACCCAGGGUGCCACGCCCACGCAAGAUGAGGCCCUCACAGCCCCCUCCAUCAUCCCUGGUGCAGCAAAUCAUAGAGAUGGGCUUCCCCAGGAAGAACGUGGAGUUUGCCAUCAAGGUCAUUGGCAAUGGAGCCCUCAGCUCGACCGAUUCUCGGAGUGCCGAGGCGCUGGUGAGCUGGCUGAUCGAGCACCAGGAGGUUCCAGGCCAGGAAGAGUCGGACACGGACAGUCUAUCCUCCAUCGAUGGAUACUCUGAGAGUGACUCCAUGUCCGAGGACUUUGAUGACUUUGACACAUAUGAUUUCCUGCCGUCCGACCGAGGCGGUGCAGCCGGGGCUCCCACACCCUUCAAGAAGCGCACUGACUUCCUGAGCAACGAUGAGUACGCCGUGUUUGUCCGCGACCACAUCCAGGUGGGAAUGAUGGUCCGGUGCUGUCGCACAUACGAGGAAGUUCAUGAAGGCGACAUCGGAAAAGUCAUCAAACUUGACCGCGAUGGCCUCCAUGACCUGAACAUCCAGGCGGACUGGCAGAGGAAGAACGGGACGUACUGGGUGCGCUACAUCCACGUGGAGCUCCUGGGCUUCACUAACAUAACGUCAGGUAACCGCACAGAGUUUGGUAGUCAGAAUAUCAAGGUUGGCGACAAGGUGCGAGUGAAGCCAUCCGUGUCCACACCAACCUACAAGUGGGGGUCCGUCACACACGGCAGUGUAGGGACUGUAACAGCUAUCAACCCCAACGGCCGCGAUAUCACAGUGGACUUCCCGCAGCAGGCACACUGGACCGGGGUCAUCGAGGAGAUGGAACUCGUGCCCAGCACACAUCCCAGAAUCUCAUGUAAUGGUUGCCAAGUGUCGCCGCUGACAGGGCCAAGGUUUAAGUGUAAAAUCUGUGAUGAUUUUGACUUCUGUGAAAAUUGCUUCAAGAACAACAAGACUCACAAGCAUCCCUUCAACAGGAUCACAGAGCCAGGUGGUGAGCCGGUGUACGUGGGGAAGCCAGGGAAGCAGCAUCGACCCACGCCGCGCGUCGCCAGCGGAUCUCUAGUGGACAACUGGCACAUGUGCUGCAAGACCAUCCACGUGUCCUCCCGGGACAACCAGGCCUCCAAGCUCAUCGACGGAAACAGCGGAUACUGGCAGAGUUCCGGAUCUCAAGGAAAGCACUGGAUCCGCCUGGAGAUGCAGCCAGACAUCCUCAUCAACCGGCUGUACAUGCGGGUGGACCCCAGCGACUCCAGCUACAUGCCGUCCACGGUGGACAUCCUCGGUGGGGAGUCCAUCCACAACAUGAAGGAGCUACGCACUGUCCACAUCUCCCCUACGGACACACUGGUCACCCUGCUGCAGGAGAUGACAGAGUACUACCGCCUCAUUGAGAUAGAUGUCCGCCAGUGUCGCAGCAGCGGCAUUGACUGCAAGGUCCACGGCCUCCAGAUUGUGGGCCGUCAUCGGUCCGAGGAGGAGGACUCGGCCGCCAGCUUCUCGUUCCUGGCCUCAGACAAGGAGGAUGAUGACGAACGGCCGGCCACGCAGCCCGGCAGGAAGAAGCUGAGGGCGUUCGGCAACAAGGACAUCCAGACUCACGUGUUUGUCUGGGGACUGAACGACAAGGACCAACUUGGGGGACCCAAGGGAUCGAAGAUCAAGAUGCCGGUCCUCAAUGAGAGUCUGUCAGGGGUGAAGUGUGUGCAGAUAGCAGGCGGCUCCAAGAGCCUUUUCUGUGUGACACAGGACGGGAAGGUGUAUGCCUGCGGGGAAGCCACCAAUGGCCGUCUGGGCCUCGGAAUGAACGCAGGCAACGUCUCUGUACCCAGAAUGCUGACUUCUCUCAGUCAGUAUCACAUCAAGAAGGUCGCUGUGCACUCAGGUGGGCGUCACGCCAUGGCGCUGACAGUGGAUGGCAAGGUGUUCUCCUGGGGGGAGGGGGACGACGGCAAACUGGGACAUUCCAGCAGGAUGAACUGUGAUACCCCGAAGCUGAUCGAGGCUCUCAAGUCGAAGCGAGUCCGCGACAUUUCCUGUGGCAGUUCACACAGUGCCGCCAUCAUCUCUAACGGCGACCUGUACACCUGGGGUCUGGGAGACUACGGCCGUCUCGGACACGCAGACAACACCACACAGCUGAAACCCAAACAGGUGAAGGCCUUGGCUGGUCAGCGUGUGAUCCAGAUCGCGUGUGGGAGUCGGGACGCCCAGACCCUAGCCCUCACUGACGAGGGUCAUGUGUAUUCGUGGGGAGACGGGGACUUUGGGAAGCUGGGGCGGGGCGGCAGUGACGGCUGCAACUCCCCCCAUGUCAUCGAGCGGCUGACGGGACUGGGUGUGUGUCAGAUUGAGUGUGGCGCUCAGUUCUCUCUUGCCCUCACCAAGACAGGUCAAGUCUGGACAUGGGGUAAGGGGGACUACUUUCGCUUGGGCCACGGGACAGACGCACAUGUUCGGAAGCCCCAGCUGGUGGAAGGCCUUAAGGGCAAGAAGGUCAUCCACGUGGCGGUGGGGGCCCUCCACUGUCUCACUGUCACAGACCAGGGACAUGUGUAUGCGUGGGGUGACAACGACCACGGCCAGCAGGGUAACGGGUCCACCACAGUCAACAGGAAGCCGGCAUUGGUGCAAGGCCUUGAAGGAAGCAAGAUCACCCGGGUGGCAUGUGGGUCAUCCCAUAGCGUGGCAUGGGCAACAACCGAUCUGUCCACACCAACGACACACGAGCCUGUUCUGUUCUCCGCAUCCAAGGAUGCGCUUGGUGCUACCCUGCUAGGGUUGUUCGAGCCCCAGGGAGAAGAGGGGGCUCUGCCUGCGACGGUUCCACAGCUCCAGAACAAGAACAGCCGGCCAUCACUGUCCAAGAUCCUCCUGUCCCUAGAGUCGGACGUGGAGAAGCAGAAGGCGCUGGCACACGUCCUGACAGCACUACAGAUUCUAUAUGCCAGAGAUGCUAUAGUAGGCUCCCUGGCCCAGGAGAUUCAGGUGCUGGCCGACACCAAGUCCUGCGUCCCCGUCACGGUCACACCCAGCCCGGACACCAGCACCCUUGUGACGGCAUCGGAAGGGGUGGUCGACCACACAGACAUCGACGUCUCCAUUGUUGACACUAUGGAACAGAGUGGACAUAGUCAGUUCUCCAUGGACAUGUCAUUGUUCCGGAGCAUGCACAGCCUCGCGGCGAAGGUGUCGCCAGCCACAAGCAUCAUUGCAGAGACGUUCACAUCGCCUGACGAGGUGACCCGCACCAUGGACAGCGUGAGCACGGCGUACCCACUGGGGCUGGAUGAGUUCACCAGCAGGAUGUCAGCCGAUGACUCUCGGAUCCUGGUCGACCUCCUCAAACUGGCGGUGGCCUGCCGGGUCGGGGAGAAGGGCAAGGAGACCAUGUCCGAGAUCCUCACUGCCUUGGGCAAGGCCUACCCUCAUGUUGCAGAGAUGGUGCUGGAGCUGUGUGUGACGGAGCUGGAGGAUGUUUCAACAGACACCGACUCCGGCCGCGCCACGGCCCAGCCAGUAGUCCAGGAGAGUCCACACCCUUACACCGACGACACAUCACAGCUUGGACACGUCAAGAUACCCGGGGCUGAGGCGCUGCGUGUAGAGUUUGACCGGCGCUGUUCCACGGAGAGACGCCAUGAUCCUCUCACCAUUAUGGACGGGUCAGGGAGGACAGUCGCCACCAGAUCAGGUCGGGAAUGGUCUGAUUGGUCGCAGGAACUACGUGUCCAGGGUGACGAGCUCCGGUGGAAGUUCAUCAGCGAUGGCUCCGUCAACGGCUGGGGCUGGCUGUUCACCGUGUACCCCGUCAUGCCGGCCGCUGCUCCCCUGGACAUGCUGAGUGACCGCACCAUCCUGUCCAGACCCUCCAUCGACCUGGUCACCUGUCUGCUGGACUUCAAGCUGGAGUUGACCAUGGACAGGAACAUCAUCCCCCGACUGGCGGCCGCGCUCGCUGCGUGCGCUCAACUCAGCUCUCUAGGAGCGAACCAGAGGAUGUGGGCUCUGCACAAGCUGAGGAAGCUGAUGGCGGCCAACUUCGGACCCUCCAUCAACGUCAACGCCCUUCUAGCCAGCCCCACCUCGGAGAGUCCAGACCAGGAGAUGCCCCGGACAUACUCUGUGUGUCUGAGUGGGUCGGCCUUGGCCUCCCUGGUGAAGGGGCUCCCGGAGGCUCUCCAGAGGCAGUACGAGUACGAGGACCCCAUCGUCCGCAGCGGCAAGCAUCUCAUGCAUAGUCCAUUCUUCAAGGUGCUUGUGGCCCUGGCGUGUGAUCUGGGCAUGGACACCCUACACUGCUGUGCUGAGGCCCACAAGUGGGCGUGGUUCCGCCGCUACUGCAUGGCCGCCCGUGUGGCUGCCGCCAUCGUCAAGCGGACACAGCUCCCCGUGGUGUUUGCAGAGGAAGUGAUGAAGAAGAUUCAGGACAUCGCUUCUGAGGGCGAGAACAUCACCCGUGACCACGAAUCUCACUCCAUCUUCAAACAGAUGCAGGAUGAACAGCUCCUCAUGUGGAUGAACAGGAAGCCUGAUGACUGGACACUGAGCUGGGGAGGGAGUGGACAGAUCUGGGUGUGGGGUCACAACCACCGAGGUCAACUGGGCGGGGUCGAGGGGGCCAAGGUGAAGCUCCCAGUCAGCUGCGAGUCGCUGGCAAGUCUCCGCCCCGUGCAGCUGAUUGGUGGAGAGCAGACACUGUUUGCCGUCACAGCUGAUGGGAAGGUGUAUGGUACUGGCUACGGAGCCGGAGGGCGCCUGGGUAUUGGUGGCACCGAGUCUGUGUCCACUCCUACACUACUGGAGUCCAUACAACACGUGUUCAUCAAGAAGGUUGCUGUCAACUCGGGAGGCAAACACUGUCUGGCGCUGUCCUCCGAGGGCGAGGUGUACUCGUGGGGGGAGGGAGAAGAUGGCAAGCUGGGACACGGAAAUAGAAGCCCUUGUGACCGGCCGCGAGUGAUAGAGUCUCUGCGAGGGAAGGAGGUGAUCGACAUCUCAGCGGGGGGAGCACACAGCGCCUGCAUCACGUCUAAUGGAGAACUGUACACCUGGGGGAAGGGUCGUUACGGGCGACUCGGACAUGGAGACAGUGAAGACCAACCAAGACCUAGGCUGGUUGAAACCCUGAAGACGACGCGUGUGACUGAUGUGGCGUGUGGGAGCGGGGAUGCUCAGAGUCUAUGCAUCACGGAGGACGACUGUGUCUGGUCGUGGGGAGACGGAGACUAUGGCAAACUUGGUCGUGGAGGGAGUGACGGCUGCAAGGUACCGGUGAAGAUUGAGUCUCUGCAGGGCCUGGGGGUCAUCAAGGUGGAGUGUGGGUCCCAGUUCUCCGUGGCCCUCACCAAGUCCGGGGCUGUCUAUACAUGGGGCAAGGGAGACUACCACCGACUAGGUCACGGUACAGACGAUCACGUCCGCCGACCUCGCCGUGUGUCGGCACUCCAGGGCAAGAAGAUCAUUGACGUGGCGUGUGGAUCUCUGCAUUGUGUGGCCUGCUCUGAUGCUGGUGAGGUGUACACGUGGGGAGACAACGAUGAGGGACAGCUGGGAGACGGUACAACAAACGCCAUACAGAGACCCAGGCUAGUGGCGGCGCUGCAAGGCAAGAAGAUCAACCGCGUGGCGUGCGGGUCAGCCCACAGUCUGGCCUGGUCCACACACAAGCCUGUGAGUGCAGGGAAGCUGCCCACCAUCAUUCCCAUGGAGUACAACCACUUGAUGGGCCUCGAGGUCACCACGCUCCGCAACAGGCUGGUCCUUCUGCACCACUUCUCCGACCUCUUCUGUCCAUCCAUCCCCAUGUUUGACAUGCAGGAUGGAGGAAGGGAUGAGGAGAUUGGGGAUGCUGCUACGGGUCUGGACGCCCUCCGAGGAGUCCUCGUGUCCACAGCCAAGGAGACCUCUUUCCGCAAGGUCGUACAGGCCACCAUGGUGCGAGACAAGCAACACGGCCCUGUGGUGGAGCUCAACAGAAUACAGGUGAAGCGGUCUCGCAGCAAGGGCGGCUAUGCUGGUCCUGAUGGCACCAAGUCUGUGUUUGGCCAGAUGGGAGCCAAGAUGGCUGUGUUUGGGCCGGACAGUCUCAUGCUGCCUCACAGAGUGUGGAAGGUCAAGUUUGUAGGUGAGAGUGUUGAUGAUUGUGGAGGUGGAUACAGCGAGUCUAUUGCCGAAAUGUGUGACGAGCUCCAGAACGGCUCCCUACCACUCCUCAUUAUGACACCAAACGGCCGGGAUGAGUCCGGAGCCAACCGAGACUGCUUCCUCCUCAACCCCAUCAUGAAGCAGCCCCUGCACCAGAACAUGUUCCGCUUCCUCGGAAUCCUGAUUGGCAUUGCAAUCCGGAGCGGCAGCCCCCUGAGUCUCAACAUUGCUGAGCCUGCAUGGAAACAACUGGCUGGCCUGCCGCUAACCAUCUCAGACCUGACAGAGGUGGACAAGGACUUUGUUCCAGGGUUGAUGUGCAUCAAGGAGAUGGAUGGGGAGACCCUGAAGAUCAACGAAAUGCCGUUCAGCAUCCCCAGCGCCACGGGCCAGGAGAUCCAGCUCAGCUCCAAGUACGCGCGCAUCAUGUCCGACAACCGCGCAGAGUACAUCAAGCUGGCCAUGAACUACAGACUGCACGAGUUCGACCUGCAGGUGAAGUGGGUGAGAGAGGGGAUGAGUAAGGUGAUCCCGGUGCCUCUCCUGUCUCUCUUCACUGGAUUUGAGCUCGAGACUAUGGUGUGUGGCAGCCCAGACAUUCCCCUGAACCUGCUGAAGUCCGUGGCGACGUACAAGGGCAUCGAUGCCACGGCGCCACUCAUCCAGUGGUUCUGGGAGGUCAUGGAGGAGUUCACCAAUGCCGAGAGGUCACUCUUCCUCCGCUUUGUCUGGGGUCGGACACGACUACCGAGAACCAUCGCCGACUUCAGAGGAAGAGACUUUGUCUUGCAGGUGUUGGACAAGUACAAUCCGCCGGACCACUUCCUCCCGGAGAGCUACACCUGCUUCUUCUUGCUGAAGAUGCCACGCUACUCCUGCAAGACUGUCCUGCGGGAAAAACUCAAGUACGCUGUCCACUUCUGCAAGUCUAUCGACACGGAUGAUUAUGCCCGCGUUGCCCUGACUGGCGACGUCAUGGACGAUGACACACCCGAGGCCAGCGAUGACACCGAUGAUGUUGAUAGUGGAGAGAGCGAAGGGGAGAUUGUUGAUUCAGAUGCAAGUUAGCUCCCCCUGAAGAUGAUGUAGAGGAUCCAAGCUUGUAGGUUUCUUGAAGAGUUGGAAACUGUUUGACUCAGUGUGACUCGAUGUUGGCGCAAUGUUUGACUCGAUAUUUGCAUUUGAGAGACAAUCAGAAUGACAACGGUGACCUUUUUGUGAGAAUGAUAAAAUGACCUGUGAGAUUGCUGGAUGAAUAUUUUUGUAUGGAAUAGCCAUACCAGAUUUGCAUUGAUAAUUAUUUUGCAAGACUGUGAUACGAUUAUUUCAGUCCAUAAUCAGGGCUUUCGAUGCAGGAAGGCCCUUAUCAUGGAUUGAACAGCAGAUGUGGAAUCCAGGUUGUUUAUGACUUUGAGGCAGUUUCUAGCCAGAUGUAUAUGAACUGUCAUUGAACUUCUUAAUGUGCCGAGGCACUCUAGAAGUUUGAGCUCUGAUGUACGACAGUUCUAGACUUGUCAUAGUUGGACUAUUUGUAAGUUAUAGUUUUAGAUUAGUUUUAUCAGUCAGAUACGAACACAAUUAUGGCAUGUGAUCAUACAGCCCAUAGCUGAAACUCAAAUCUGAUGGAGAUGGCGGCCAUCUUGUAAAGGGAGACAACCAAGAUGGAUGGCAAUGAAUGACUCGAAUGCCAUUUGAAUCAAUAAGACAUGUUGCCAUAUUUUUGUCAAGGACGGAUCUUGAUUAGUAGGAGGUUAUAAAGAUUAUCAGUUAUGAAGAUUUUCAGUCUUUCAUCUCAUCGUUGUUGACAGUUUUGCUCAUUGCAGUCAACUUGUGACAAAUCAAAACCUGACCACUUCCACCACAUGAUACAUUGGGAGGGAUUAAUGAUAAGUUAGUAUUCAUAAUAUUUCGAGAACACUGUCUCACUCAAAUUUCAGUAUUAUUCACACUUAUUUAUUUGUAAAUAGGCUGGCUUUGGUUACUCUUGUAUAUCAGAGUCUCUGAUGCUUUUAAAAUGUAAUAUCAUGAGAAACACUUAAUGUGUUAAACACUUACCUUAAUGAUAUAUUGUACUACAGAUUUAAUGUUUGUGGAAUAUACCCAAAUAUGUUCAAGAAAUUCGAGAAUCAGAUGGUGAAAAAGAUUGUGACUUUAUUCCAAGAUAAUGUGUGUCAUAGUUAGUAUUUAGUUAGUUUGGUCAAUAACCUUGCUUCGUAGAAGCAUUUGAAAUUUGUAGGGGGGUUUGAACCUUUGAUCUGUAAUAUUAAACAUUAGGGUUAUCACAGGGGCCCCCUGAUUUCUCAUCCUAUAUUUGAACACUGUGUAAUAAUCUUGUGUUCAGGUCACACAGCCAAAUAUGACAUAGCAAAUAAAAAUGACUUACGGCAGAUAUGAUCUUAAAGAUAAAUAUUAUCUUUUUGGUGUUUCAGUUUUUGUUUCAUUAUAACACUUUUGUAUGUCAUUUGGAAUAUAAAGAGGAAAGGGAACUAAUAUCAUGCAUCUGUCUUUCAUUAAUAAUUGUGGAAAAUAAACUAACAUGUUUGUGUACUGAUUUCUUCUCAAUAUAUCAGCUCCUACCAUAUCAUGUUCCGAAACUACAGAUACUGUAUCAGGAAUUUGCUUGGGAUAGUUUGACAGAUUGUUGUAAACUUCAUUUUAGUUUUGUUAGUAUUUUAAUGCCACUGGUCAUCCACACCAUGUUGUCUGUAGAGAUGUUUUGUGUUGCAACUGAUCUCACUGGUGAAGCCGAACUGUCAAACUGGUUGGUCUAAUUUUGUAAUAGGAAAUUUUCCCCGUACACAUAUUUUCUAAUAAGAAUUAAAUAAAGAAUUAAAAGGAUUAGAAAUGCACUUCUAGGAAUCGUUGGUGCAUAUAUGGAUAUUAAUAUAUUUUUUAUUAUUAUUUUUUUAAAUUUAUGUUAUUUUAAAAAAAAAAAUAAUAUUUGUUUUUUGAAUAGUUGAACAAAACCAUAUGAACGUCAACAGGUCUUGUUGAAUACAUAAUUAUUUCCCUGAAAUUGUAGGUGUAUGACCUGUAUCACUUUAGGCUUUCCAUAAAUGUCAUGAUAUAACUGAAAUACUCCUUCAAGCGGAAUUGAAGUUCUUGAACCCAACUCAACCAUUUGUUUAGUAUGUAAUUCAAUGUAAUAAAUUAAAAAAAUCCUCUGCCACGGCAGACAUGAUGCUUGUAUUAGUAAUAAUUAUCACAAGUAUUCUUUUCUACUCAAUGUAUUUUCAUUUACUAUCAAAUUUGUGACGAUAUUUGAAUAACAUUUUGUAAGGUGUCAGAAGGACGUACUCCAUGCCUCCAUUACUAACAUGCCAAGACAGCUAUUGUGAUAUGUAUGUGUCAGUGAGCUUGGAUGUUUAAUUUAUGUUGUGAGAUUGGUGGCGAUGUUCUCGUGCUGAGAUGCUCUCUUGUAUGUGGAAGGAUACUGUCGUGCUCAAUUAACAGAUGUUGCUUGCACCACAUCGAUUCUGAUUAAUUCUUGAAGAGACUUAUAUACUAUAUGCCAUAAGGUCUUGUACUGGUGUGUAUUGUGGGCUGUAUUAUAAGAAAUACCACAUAUAAUACCGUCAUGUCAGAAGUGACGCCACUUCAAACAAGGUUUCCAAAUAAGGCAAAUGAUUAGUUAAAGGUGAAUAAUUUACUGGGGUUUCAGAGAAAUUAUUUAAACUAAUAUAAUGAAAGACUUGGAAAUUUUUUCUUAAAAACUCCUAAAUUACUAAUCAUGAUGAAAUGUGAGAGGAGUGCGAACAAAAUAAUUAAAAUUGGAAGUUUUACAUUAUUUUUUAUAAAUAAUUAUUUUUUAUUUUAUCUUUCAACCUCCUGACAGCACAAAAUCUAUUGACCCCCCUCCAAUAAAAAAGAAAGCUUGAUGAAUGUUACAGUGUGACCAUGGUCGUAAUCUUGUAUCUCACAAUUAAUUAACAGUUGAAAUUGGUUGUGUUUUGUUGCCAUAUCAGAUGAGGACUUUUGGUGGGGGAAGUUCCAGUUUGUGAUUCUGAGAAUACAAUUCCAGAUUUCUUUCAGGUUGAUAUUUGAUAUUGAGGGGUGAUGAAAGUGGAAAGUUGAGGUGUGAUGAGUGAGUUAAUUGAGCAAAUUGAGCAACACAGUAUCAUUUAUGAACUAUAUAUUCCCUACGUUUGUAUUCUUUGUAUAUAUUGCUAGAUUAAUUUUAGGAAGUAAAGUCUGUUAAGACAUGAUUGUUCUAAAUAAAACACAAAUAUUUUUUUCUCAAAAAUAGUUUUUACAUAGUAUUUGAUUUUAAAACUGUUCAUUAUUAAUUGUUUAAGUUAGAUUGGCUUGUUGAUAGUCCUAAAGUUUAUAAACUUAUAUAUGUUUAUAAAAAUGAUUCCUUUAUGAAGUUAAAAUAAUUAACAAUCAAGUUUGAAUUUGAAAUAAUUUAUUUGAAGAUAUUUUAACAUGUUCUAGGAUGGAGAGUUCAAAACUAACACAGUGGACCUUUGUUACUCUGUUGCAUGUGGUGUCAAUGUUGGAUACAAACCACGGUGCUAGUCAUGAAUCUUUAUUAUUGUGGGUAGGAGACGACUAAGGGAUAUUGGGUAGAUUGAUGCUCAUGAUGUCAAUCACUGGAUUGUUUGGUCCAGACUCAAUUAUUUACCUACCGCCGUCAUAUAGCGUUAAGCAACAAAAUUAUUAUGUUAUAGUCUAAGAAGUCAAAUUAUUUCAUCUUUUAAUAAACACAUCUCUUUUCUAUAAUAGGAAAAUAACACUUGUUCUGUAUGUUUUCUUUGAAUACAUGUAGCUACAACAAUGCUGACUUAGCAUUAAAAUUCUAUUCAACAUCAGAGUUAAAUUUAUUCCAAAUCAUGUCAAUUUCACAUUUAAGGACAACUUUUAACUGUUUUAAGUAUAACAUGUUUAUCUUUGAAUUUUACUUAUUCAUGGCCGCCCGAUUUAAUAUGGCUGGUGUUUGAGGUUGACAUUACGUCUACAAGAGCCCCUAUUGAUGCUAGGCUUUUGUACCAUUUUUGUACCAUUUUUGUACCAUUUUUGUACCAUUUGGGUCCAAGUUCCAUCUAAUUUAUCAGACCCAUGUCAGUGUGUUGUAUGACUGUCCAUAUUCAUGUCAUUUCACAGUAAUCUUUGGUGCACAAAAUUGUCCAAUCAAAAUAUUUUGUUCUGUCUGGGACAGUAACGUUUUUGUCGUUUUUGAAAACAAAGCUCACUGCAGUUUUACCAUGUUUUUUUUCCUAGAUGAGUUUUGGAUUUUGUUAAGAAAUGUGUCUUCUUGUGUGAAACUGUUGUGCUCAGCAAUUGUAAAUAUUGAAUAUUGUACAUGUGAGGAAGAUGCGUUGUACAUUCUGUACAGCAGUGUGUCUCCAUCUUGAAACCUCAACGGUUACUUACCAGAUGGUUUGUAUCAAGCUACACAAAAAAUAAACAUUUAAAUAUU